AUGUUUUGGGGAAUUUUGGGCAAAUUAAUCAUCCGACUGCUGAUGGCAGAAAUAGUCCUGUUCGGUUCGGAUCAACCUAACGGCAUAUCGCUUGUAAUGGCCGCCGACGCUUCCAGCCCGACGGCAGCGGACGAUGAUGUGCCAACGAACUGUCUGGAGCACACGGUCACGUCGGGCACAUUCGAUCAGUACUUCGCACUGGCGGACAUUGGGAACGAACCGUCCACCAGCUAUCUGGUGAACGUUAGCUUCACGGUACUGGUGCGAAACCGGCAGGAGGAGCUAGCCAUUUUACUGUCCGGCCAGAACCGCUCCUACCAGCAUCCAGAUUUUGCCCGCACCUACGAAAUGCGGCUCACCAACGUCUACACGGUGGUAUAUCGGGAAACGCUGAAAAUGCAGGCGUACCACAGUCCCGCGGAUAAACUGUUCCCAGCGGAUCACUUCCGGCUACGGUUUCUGGUCAGCCGGGACGGUAACCUGACCGUGCUGGUGAACGAUAACGUUCGCCGACCGUUGCUGGCAGUGGUAGACGAACGGCAGGCACUCGACGUACAGUACGUGAGCUUCUCGUCGCGCAUGAACGCCUACCCGGUCCGGUUCCUGCUGGGCUGCGGUUUGCCACAGUACCGAGCGAUCGAGUUGGUUGCCGAGACGGCCGGAUCUGCAACCAACCUGCCGCUGACGGAUGGUUCGUGCCCCGUCUGCCCGAAGCAGCGCUGUGAAGUGGUGGUAAAAGCGUGCGCCGACACCACCAAGGAUCCGAACGACUCGACAGUAAACGGGGACCUGGAGCAGCAAAAGUACUACUUCUACUUCAAUCUCUAUCUGAUGCGGAACCGGACGAAAUCGAAUGUACUUGCUGGCGGUGGUGUACGCAAACCGACCGACGAUGGUGUGUAG